UUUUUCAGGUACUUAUUUUAAAUAUAAAAUUUUAAAAGAUGACUUUAAAAAAAGCUGGAUUGAAACAGUUGGAUGUUAAAGAUAAAAGAGUUUUGAUGAGAGUGGAUUUCAAUGUGCCAAUUAAAAAUGGUGUUAUAACAAGUAAUUUACGAAUUGUUGCAGCAUUGCCAAGCAUUAACUAUUGUAUUGACCAAGGUGCCAAGUGCAUUGUAUUGAUGAGUCACCUUGGGCGCCCUGAAGGUCAAGUUGAUAAAGCGCUUUCAUUGGCACCCAUUGCAGAAGAGUUAAAAAAGUUGCUUUCAAGGGAUGUUUUAUUUCUUUCUGAUUGUGUUGGCGAGGAAGUAGAAAAUGCAUGCCAAUCUGCAAAUGAAGGUAAAAUUAUAUUAUUGGAAAAUCUUCGUUUUCAUGUGGAGGAAGAAGGAAGAGGGGUUGACAAAGAUGGGAAAAAGAUAAAAGCUAAUCCUGACAAUGUUAAGAAAUUCCAAGAUUCUCUGUCAAAACUAGGAGAUGUUUAUGUUAGUGAUGCAUUUGGAACCGUUCAUAGACCAGAUAGUUCAAUGGCUGGUUUACACUUUGAGAAAAAAGUUGCUGGAUUUUUGAUGGAAAAAGAGUUGGUUUAUUUUUCAAAAGUGUUAGAGGAGCCUGAACGUCCAUUCCUAGCAAUACUUGGCGGUGCUAAAGUUGCAGACAAAAUUAAAUUAAUUUAUAAUUUAAUGGAUCAAGUUAAUGCCUUGAUUAUUGGCGGAGGAAUGGCCUUCACUUUUCUUAAAGUAUUGCAUAAUAUGGAGAUAGGAUCUUCUUUAUAUGAUGAUGAAGGUGCUAAAAUUAUCAAUGAGUUAAUGGAAGCUGCAAAAAAGAAAGGGGUAUCCAUACAUUUACCUGUUGACUUUAUUUGUGGAUCUAAGUUUUCUAAUGAUGCAGAGGUUUGUACAGCAACAAUUGAAGAAGGUAUUCCUGCUGGAUAUAUGGGGUUAGAUAUUGGUUCAAAAUCUAUUGAAAUUUUUACUGAUGUAAUUGAGAAGGCAAAAUUGAUUUUUUGGAAUGGACCUGUUGGUGUCUUUGAAAUGCCUAAAUUUGCAGAAGGAACAAAGAAAAUAAUGGACAAAGUAUGCGAAUCUACUGCUAGAGGUGUGACCACUGUUGUAGGAGGUGGGGAUACUGCUACAGCAGCUGAAAAGUUUGGCCGAUCUUCUGAAUUUAGUCACGUUAGUACUGGCGGCGGAGCGAGUAUUGAACUAUUAGAAGGCAAAGAAUUACCUGGUGUUGCUUUUCUAUCGGAGUCUAUAUAGAAGUUUUAAUUUAAAAAAUGAUCAAGUUUUUUCUAUUACAAGAAUCAAUUUUUGUGUUUAAUAUAUGAUUAGUACAUGAUAUGGUUAUAUA